UGGAUUUCAAGAUGGCAGUGCAGCAAAUCUAACGGGUGGAAAAUAAUUAGAACCUGAAUAGUUUUGAUUAGAUUUUAGUUCCGCACUGAGUUGCUUUCGCGUCUAUUUGGCAAAUAACUAAAUUUUAAAGAAUAUUGACUUUUCGUUUUAUUGUUUACAGAAGUGCAUGGUGAAACGAAUUAUUUCAGUAGACACUUUAAAUUAAUAACAUGAUAGAGAAAAAUGAAGAUACUACCGACAGUGAUAGUAAUCUUGACAGGAGAAAAUUAAUAGCUGACAAGAAAACUGUUCUGGAGAAACACUUUCUUGAGGUUCAGAAGGAAAUCAAAGUAUCCUUUGCAAGACUGACACAAACAUUGUACGCCAGAGAGAAACAACUUUUGCGACAAUCAGAAGCACUUUACAGACAACAAAUAUCUUUAGCAUUGUCCAAUCCUGAAAUUCUUCCUCCAUCUAUAACUAUAUUAGAUGAUGGAAACAUUCUUGAAGAGCAAAUUAAACAAUUUGGAAGAAUCGAAUUGACAGGUUCUAACUCAACAGUAAUCACUGACUUAGAGCCUUAUAAAAUUGAAGAAUAUCAAGAUAUUAAUAAAGAUCAUGUCAGCUUUGACAAAUCUAUUAAAAGCUCAGAAAGUAACUCAUCUAAUGCAAAGAUGGAAGUUUCUUCUACAGCAGAAGACAAAAAGAUGGAAAAUGUAUCUAAUGGAUUAAAGACUUAUAGCAUAACAGAUUUAACAGAUAAAAUCAGUCAGAUUUCUGAUUUUCAAAACAAAAAGUCUAAAGAGAGCCUAAGCCAAUCUCCAAAAAUUAAUUUGGAAUAUAAGCAAAAUGAUUUCAAUCUUCAAAGUGCCGAUAUUGAGCUACAAGAUGACGAUAAAAUUUUUGGAAAUUCUGGAAGAAACAUUAUGGAGGAGCAACAUAAUUCAUAUGGACUGCCAGAACAAGUACAGCAGUGGUUAGAUCAAAUAGUUCUUGAAACUGAAAUAGAACCAACUAUUCAUGAAGUAGAAAAAUUACCUGAAAUAACAGAAGCUUAUGUCUGUACCAAGUUUCAAUUGGAAACAUGAAGUAGAUACUUAUUUAAGCGAUCAAUCAACCCACUGUAAUAUUUUUUUUAAUAUAUUUAUUUUUAAUUCUCUUACAGAAAAAAAACACCUCUUUCUGGGAUCAAAUUUUUUAUCAUUAAGUAAUUCAUAAUCUAUCUUACCUUUCCUAUAUAUGUAACUGUAUUUAUUUAUUUAUGUACUAAGCUAACAUUAAUUAAUAUUAAUAUAUUCGUUUUAAUGAGGAUGUAUAUUAUCUUCAAUUACCAAUAAGUUUAUAAUUUUAUUAGCAUUUAAAAACUGCGAAUGACAAAAAUUUCUGAACUGUUAAUUGUGAUUUUAAUAUUCACAAAACAAAAACUAAUUAUUUAGUUGUACCUUACUAAUAUUAAUGUGCACAAACAGUGAUAUUAAAAUAAUAUAAACCUUAUUAAAUAUACAGCAAUACUGUGUAUAUGUGUUAAUCCAUUAAUCAAAACUAUAAUAUUAAGUAACAUUAGCUUUAAAAUUAAUAUGAACAACUUAUAAUUUAUUCAUUUUACUUACCACUAAUUAAUGUCCUUAGUUCCUUAUUCCUUUCUCUAAAUACGCUUAAGUGUUCAUUAAAAAUAAACAACUCUGUGUAAGUUUCAAAGAACAGAUGGAAACAUCUUAUUUGUAUGUUAGUAUGUUAGUCCCAUAUAUAUUCCUUAACCCCUUAUUGUCUGACAUGUAUAUUAUAUACAUAUAUACCACAU